AUGUGGACAAAACCCACUACUUUAUUUACCACCAAUACUUUUGCCGUGGUUUCAGGUACAAGGCAAGCACAAGUGAAUCGAGCAAUCGAACAGACACAGGCACGACAAAUGACCGCACCUGCUGGCAUGCGAUCCGCAAGCAGGCCUAUGCAAAACACUCCUGGAAGAAGCGAACCCCUUGAUGUGGAGAAGUUGAAUCAACUGAUCAGAGCUCUCGAUAAAACGUGGAUUUUUCCACGAUCGGGUGCCAAAGACCCAGUAGGAAGCAACUUUCAGUACAAAAAGACGUGUGCUUCGAUUUUCAAAGCAAGGCAUGGUGCCUGCCAGCAGCUCAGCUUUGGUGUGAUGUGCUUCAAUUAUUGUCAUGAACGAGGUGAGGUUAAAUCGGUGUGCUAUACUGUGGAUGAAGAUACCAUAGUUCUCAAAAAGUCGCUCACAUUGACGAUAUGUGGAAACAAACCUUAA